UUUGUAUAUCAUAGAUGUAGAUUAAUGAAACACGUCGAGUCAAAAUGGUGGUAGUUGUGAGAGGCCAAUUGAAAGUUCGGCGGUAUUUUUCAACGGUCAUUAAAAAUUGUUUUAUCAAAAACGUGACGUUCAAAUCACGGUUUUGAUACGUCCAACAUGAUAAUAAAUUGCAUUAUUUAUUUUACAUAUAAUACUACUAGUUAACGGGAUCAUAAAUCUAACCUCAUAAUCAGGGCAAUUUGUAUUUUGAAAACAUUUGAAAAGAAUGCAAGAAGAAUUAUUCGUUUAUUCUAUGAAGUCAUCGAAUAUUAAAUAUUACAACGUUCCUAUUUACUAAAGCUAUUAAUUCAAAGAAAUAAUAAUUAAUAAUAAAAAAUUUCUAAAUUUUAAGAAACUAAUAUCUUUACGAAAUUCAUUAUACGUAAUAUUAUAAACUGGAUAGUUUUACCGAAAAAAUAUAAAAGUCAAAAUGAUUUCCCAAAUGUCACAUAUUAUGACUCUUGCAAACAGUAUCAUUGGAGUAAGCGUUCUUGCAAUGCCAUUUUGUUUUAAGCAAUGUGGCAUUGUUUUAGCUAUUGUAGUUUUGAUAUUGAGUAGUAUUCUGUCUAGACUUGCUUGUCACUUUCUUAUCAAAUCAGCUGUGAUGUCUAGACGACGAAAUUUUGAACUUCUGGCUUUUCAUGCAUUUGGUCAUAUGGGCAAGUUUUUGGUGGAAUUAUUUAUUAUUGGAUUUCUUGUGGGAACAUGUAUCGCUUUCUUUGUUGUUAUGGGUGAUUUAGGACCACAAAUUGUAAAAAAAGUAAUAGAUAAAAAUCCAGAGGAUAUUAGGACUAGCUUACUUGUAACGACAAGCAUUUUCAUAGUUUUACCAUUGGGAUUACUUAGAAAUAUUGACAGUUUGUCUACUCUUUGUACUGCUACAAUUAUUUUCUAUCUUUGUCUUGUAUUAAAGAUAAUAAUAGAAUCUAUGCAACACAUUUUUGCUGGAGAUUGGUAUGAACAUGUAUAUUAUUGGAGACCAUCUGGGAUACUUCAAUGCAUACCUAUCUUUUCUAUGGCUUUAUUCUGUCAAACUCAACUGUUUGAAAUCUAUGAAACUAUACCAAAUGUGUCUUUAGAGAAAAUGAACAAAGUUGUACAUUGUGCAUUAAAUAUAUGUACUAUUGUAUAUCUUUGUGUUGGGUUUUUUGGAUAUAUUGCAUUUUGUACUCAGCCAUUUACAGGUAAUAUAUUAAUGAGCUUUGAACCCAGUUUAUCAUCUGAAAUGAUCAAGAUGGGAUUUGUAUUUUCCAUUGCAUUUAGUUUUCCUCUAGUCAUAUUUCCAUGUCGCGCAAGUCUAAACUCUCUCUUGUUUCGUAGGGUAUAUGCUCAUGAACCCUCCAUAAAUUAUUUACCAGAAAUAAGAUUUAGAUGUCUUACCAUCAUAAUUGUAGCUGUUUCUCUGAUAACUGGCAUUCUAAUACCAAAUAUUGAAUUUGUCCUUGGUUUGGUAGGAUCUACUAUUGGUGUAAUGAUUUGCUUGAUAUUUCCAGCAAUAUUUUUUAUAUCUAUCAGUACCAAACACACUAAUGAAAGAUUAUUAGCUCAAGUAAUCUUAUUUAUUGGUAUUUGUAUUAUGAUUCUGAGUACAUAUGCAAAUUUGUAUGCUCUAGAAGAAUCUACUAAUAUAAAGAUACUGACAUCGACAAACAAGCCUUCUAAUCAAAUAAAUAGUCUAUCAUCAAACUUGGAUAAAAAUAUUAACGCAAUAGCAAAUGUUCCUAAUAAUCCUGAAUAUUUUUCAAAUAUUAAGGAGAAAAUGAGUCAAUUAUCAGGCUUAAAUGUUCUUGAGAAUUCUUUAAAAUUGGAAGCAAAUAAUGUACGACAAGAACCGCCAAUACCAGUUGAACGUAUAGUAGUUACAGAAAAACCAAUGGUAGAAACACAGAAGCCUGUUGAUGAUAUAUUAGUUACUCCAGUCAUUAAAAAAAUGGUAGAAGAAGAAACGAUGGAUGCAAAUCUCCAUGAAAAAUCACAAGAUUUAAUAAAAAAUGAUAUAAUAGCAACAGAAACAACCAAUAAAAAUAAAGAAAAAAAUAAUCUUAUAAAAAAGAAAGAAAAAUAUAAUUUUAUAAAUUCUGAUUCAAUUAAAAAAGAAGAAUCAGAAUUAGCUGCUUCGUUAGUUAAAUCAGAGGCUGCAAGUAUUUUGGUUGCAGAGAGACACGAAAAACUUAGAAAAACUUUAGAAAAACAUAAACAAGAACAAUUGCAAAUGAUGAGGGAACAAAAAGAAAUAUUAAAAGAUUUGGAAGAACAAAAACAAAAAAUCAGAAGACAAAAGCAGAAAGUAAUAGAAGAUACAAAAGAGUAUGAAAAAAGCAAAAGUAAAUUAAAAGUUCUGAAUGAAACAUCUGCUACACAAGUAAAGAUGAAUUUUACAAUAAAUAGUACUAAGAAAAAUGAAUCUCCAAAAAACCAAAAAGAAAAUAUUAAUAAUAAAAUUUUUAAUUUAACUUUUUUUAAUAAUGAAAACAUAAAUAAGAAGCAAAAUAUUCAUUUGAAUACCGAUCAAAUGCUACUUGAUCACAAAUUGAAUAAUGAAAAACAUAAAGACCUAGGAAUGAAGCCUAAUAAUUCAGGAGAAUUACUUAAAGGACCUAUCUUGAAUGCUCUAACAAAACGAGUGUUAGAAAGAUCUAUUUCCACUAGUGAUUUGAAAUUAAACAAUACUGAAACUAAUUUUAGAGAUAAUUUUACCAAUAUAAUUUCUGAUUUUCAAGGAAAAUUUACUUCAAAAUUGCAAAAAUUACAGCAUGAAUAUUCCUUACCAAUUGCAUUAAAAAUGCGAAAUCAAACAAAUGUAGAAAAUCUGUUAGUAGAACAUAAAUCCGAAGAAAACGAUCAAGUUAUUCAUAGAGAUAUUUUAGAGAAUCAUGAACGUGAAAAACGAGAAAUUAUUAUGAAAGUAGAAAAAAUUAAUGCCAAAGUUACAAGUGAUAUCUCAAAUAAAUCUGAAUAUCUAAUAAAAAAUUUCACCACUAAAGAUAAUCAUGAAAAAUGUUUCAAACAAAACAAAAAAAUAGAGGAAAAUUUGGAAAAUAGAUUAAAGGACAAAACAAGUCAAAAUUCAUCCAAAAGUUACAAAGUUGAAACAUCAUUGAUUAAAACUAAUGUAUAUUUGUCGGAACAAGGAUUUGGAAAUACAGUUUCAAUGGAUUCGAAUAUUCCUUUAAGAGGAGAAUAUAUUAAACUGAAACAGAGAGAGUUAAAAUUUGUGAAUAUUGAUGAAGAUUAUAAUAUCUAAACUUUUGGAGACCUGAUUAGAUGUAAUUUGUAUAUAUCAAAAUAUGUACCAAAAUCUAAUUUUUUCAAUGCCAAUUAGCAAUUACUAUAAUCUUAUUUUGUUAUUGUUCCAUUUUAUUAUAUUCAUAAAUUGUAUUCAUAAACAAAUAAGAUUGCUGUUAUUUAUAUUAAAUAGUCAUAUUACAUAUUAAUGUACAUAUCAUUAUUCUUCUAUGUAAUCAGUAAAUAAUUGAAAUUAUAAAUAUAUUUUUACAUUGAAU